AUGCAGCAUGCAGCCCCAUGAGGCUCGAGCCCAUCGUGAGCCAUCGUGAUGGAUGUCGCGUUUAAAACCCUGGGGCGCCGCCUCACUUUCCUGUCUGGCCUUCCCACGCCAAGCACCUGUUUGCUAGCCGUCCAGCAACACCAGAGCAUCGUUGUCUUGCUCGUCCCGUGACGUAUCGCACGUCAAGUCACUCGUUUUUUUCUUCUUCUCCGUCAUUCAUUAUCGCGUAAUAUAUAGACAUGGCACCUUCGUUGUUCAAGUUGGGUGCGGCCGCACUGGCUUACACCACUGGCGUUUCCGCAGCUCAGGCAUAUCUACUCUCCGAGUCGUAUAGCCCCAGCAACUUCUUCGACAAGUUCAACUUCUUCGAGAGCAAAUAUGGUACCGGCAACUACAACGAUGUUGACCCGACCAGUGGCUACGUCCAAUAUCGAAACAGGGCGGAUGCUCAGAGGAUGGGUAUGAUCGCGACUCAGGGGUCUGAAGUCUAUAUCGGUGUCGACAAUACCACCAUCACCAACCCCAAUGACAAGGGCCGGAGUAGCGUCAGAAUUGAGAGCAAAUCCAAGUACAACCAUGGCCUGUUCAUCGCCAAGUUCUCCCAUCUGCCCAAGCCCGUCUGCGGUACCUGGCCUGCUUUCUGGAUGUACGGCGAUGACUGGCCGAGUAAUGGCGAGAUCGACAUCUACGAGAACUGGAACGACGCUACCGUCAACUCCAUGGCCUUCCACACCGAUGCCGCCUCCAAAGUUGGGAGCUGCACGCUGAACCAGGCCGAUUUCAGCAGCCCACUCGUUUCUAAGAACUGCGACAUCAACGCGCCCGGCCAGUCGUCGAACCAGGGAUGUUCUGCCAACGAGGCUGGGGGCCAGUGGGGAAAUUCGAAGGGCGGUGUCUAUGCCACCGAAUGGACUGAGGAGGCUAUCAGCAUCUGGAGCUGGUCGUCAGCACAGGCGCCAUCCGACCUUGAGAAGAAUCCUGACCCAUCCAAGUGGGGUAAACCUCACUUCAAGGUCAGCAACAAGAACUGCAACAUCAAGAAGGUAUUCGCGAAGCAGAGCCUUGUCCUCAACAUCGAUUUCUGCGGCGUGGCCGGCGACCCAUAUUUCUGGUCUCACUGUGCUACGAAGAGCGCGCCGACCUGCGCGGAUUUCGUCGCCAACAAUCCCCAUGCCUUCAAUGACGUGAACUUCAAGAUCAACUACAUCAAUGUCUUCCAGAUGGGAACCGUUGUGACAACCACUUCGAAGCCGACCACCACCUCGAAGCCAACCACCACCUCAAAGCCAACCACCACCUCAAAGCCGACUACCACUUCAAAGCCAACCACCACGUCGAAGCCAACCACCACUUCGAAGCCAACUACCACUUCAAAGCCAACCACCACUUCGAAGCCAACGACAACCUCGAAGCCAACCACCACUUCGAAGCCAACGACAACCUCGAAGCCGACCACCACUUCAAAGCCAACCACCACCUCGAAGCCGACCACCACUUCAAAGCCAACCACCACCUCAAAGCCAACCACCACCUCGAAGCCGACCACCACUUCAAAGCCGACCACCACCUCGAAGCCGACCACCACUUCAAAGCCAACCACCACGUCGAAGCCAACCACCACUUCGAAGCCAACUACCACUUCAAAGCCAACCACCACUUCGAAGCCAACGACAACCUCGAAGCCGACCACCACUUCGAAGCCAACCACCACUUCGAAGCCGACCACCACUUCAAAGCCAACCACCACUUCGAAGCCGACAACGACGACCUCGAAGCCCACGACCUCAUCAAAGACGACCACCACUAGCAAGUCCAGCGUCAAACUGCCCAUCUUGGCAGAUGCCACUCGGGGUGCUUCGGGGUCUACUCCAUCGGAGGAUGCCUCCCCAGCCAAGGAUGCCCCUUCGUCAUCGGAGACUGAAUGUGAAGAUUCUGCCACUGAGACGUCUUCACCCGAGGAUUCCAUCUACCCAACUGAGGCUCCAGUCACGACUUUAUCAGAGUACCUAACCACGUCCACCAUCUACUCAACGACCACCUACAUCGUGGACUCGUGCCCACCAGAGGUUACCGACUGCCCAUGGAGCCCAGAGAAGCCAGAUGUGGUAACUCGGACUUACGCCGUCGGCACAACCGUCUGCGCCGUCACCGCGACAGAAACCGAGACGGCGAGCCCAUCCGUGUAUCUCCCUGCCGGCUGGACCACGUCGACCGUCUACACAACAGCCACGUACACCAUCACGAGCUGCAAGUCGGAAGUGACCGACUGCCCGGCCAAGAUCAGCCAGGUGACAACCGAAGUCGUCCCGGCCUACACAACUGUCUGCCCCAUCGGCGGUGGCAGUGAUACCUCCGUGACGACAGUCUACUCGACCGUCCAAAAGACUACGACCAAACACCUGCCCAAGCCGACGUCCUCGGCGAUCGAGCCCUACAUCCCCUCGUCCGUCGUCGUCAUCGAGAAGACCGCCACCGUGGUCCCGCAGCCCAGCGCCACGCCCAGCGGCUACAACAACGGCACCGUCUCCUACCCGCCCGCGCCUCAGGGCACUGAGGUGACUCUUCCGGGCGGGUGCACCGGCGCCGACUGCGGCCCCGUCAUCGUCAGCGGCGGAGUCAAGGCCGGUGUCAGCUUUGGGCUCGUCGCCCUCGGCGCGGUCCUUGGUUUGGUUCUGUAGGAGGGCUUUUUUAAUUUUUAACAAACCUCAAGUGGCGGAACAGAUCAGCUUGGUGUUAUACUUCUCACAUAGAUGGAAAUCU